AUGUCAACCUUAUCCAUAUCUCCUCUUGGCGCUCUAAAUCUAAACGAGACAAACCGUCCAUAUCAAGUAAUUACCGCGCCAUUGCCAAUCCAGAACUCAAAACCAUUGAUCUGGACAACAGGACUUGAGAGUCCCGACAAUUAUGGCAAUGGCGUGAAAAAGGCCCACGUAAUUAUCGUGGGUGCCGGUAUUUCCGGCUUACGUGCAGCAUCCGUCCUACAACGCCAUGGAGUUGGUGUUACAAUCUUGGAAGGACGCCCAGAUCGAAUCGGUGGUCGAAUUCACACCAGUCGCAAAUCUCUAAACGGAAAAGCUCGAGACAUUGGUGCUGCAUGGAUGCAUGAAACUUCGCAGAAUAAACUGGUUCAGUUAAUCAAGAGGCUUGAUAUCGAGUACUAUUAUGAUGACGGUACACCUUUGUACUUUACCAAGGAAGGAAGAGCAGGAUCACAGUUCAAGGCCAAGAAAGUAGCUGAUGAAUUUGCUGACUACUGUGAGCACUACUUUGAAACCCAUCCACAUGCUCCUGAUCGCUCUGUAAAAGAGUUCAUUCUUGACUUCGUAGAGAAUCAUCCUUUGAUCACUAACACUGAACGCAAAUGGGCUCCACAAGCCAUUCGUGAGGUUGAACUUUGGAUUGGUACAUCCAUUGAGGAAGCUUCUUCUAAAUACUUAAGUUACUUCGUAACCGAAAGAAAUCUAUACAUGAAAGGUGGAUAUGACAAAAUCAUCAACUGGACCGCCAAACCACUUCUCAAGGAUCCUGAGACCAUCAAAAUGGGUGAAGUUGUCAAGAAUAUCCAAUGGGGUAACGAAGACAACUCAGUGGUAGUUGAGACUCUGAAGGGCGACAAAAGAUCUACCUUCAAAGCCGAUGCCAUAGUUGUAACAGCACCUCUUGGUUGCUUGAGAAACAAGAUGAUCAACUUCGAGCCUGCUCUUCCCGAAGACAUUCAGGAGGGUAUUGAUAACUUUUCUUAUGGAGCCCUUGGAAAGGUUUUUGUGGAAUUCGACGAGGUCUUCUGGCCCAAGGACAACGAUCAGUUUAUCUACUAUCCUUCCCCUCUUCCGGAAGGUACCCCAGUUGAUGAAUCUUCCAUCCUGUCCUAUGCUACUGUCACUUCCAAUUGUUGGAUCAUGUCCGGUACCAAGGAACUCUGCAUCCAGAUUGCUGAGCCACUCACACAACGCAUCGAAGCUAUGACGUCGACCCAAGGAAUUUACGACUUCUUUGAGCCUCUCUUCAAACUCAUGCGCACCGAACCUUACAAGGACCUUCCAGACUUCCUCAACCUCGAAACCACCCACUGGACCCAGGACCCACUUGCAGGAUUUGGAUCCUAUUCCGUCGAGAAGACCGGCGAUGAAUCCGAGCUUCUAAUCGAAGCCCUCGAGAAUCACAACAGAAGCCGCCUUCAAUUCGCCGGUGAACAUUGCACGAUAGUCGGAAAUGGCUGCGUGCACGGAGCAUUUGAAACGGGAGAGAUUGCUGCUAGGAAUCUCUUGGAGACAUUGGGCGUGGUAUAUGAUGGAAAUGAUACCACGGCUCGAAGUGUCUCCCCUUGA